AUGGACACAAUUUUCUUUGCAAAAGAAUACAUUUCGGAUUUGCGGAGCUUUGCUACAGAGGUGCUCGGACCGAAACUUCCUCAAGCCAACAGAAGAACAACAACUCGAUGGGAGGCGUCCCUUGGGGAUGUUAUCAAAGUUAAUUUUGAUGCAUCUCUUCAAUCACCUGAAGAUGGUUGUGGUUUAGGUUGGUUAGGUCGUUGCUCCGACGGUCGUUGUGUCGCUUGGUUUUCUACACGUUGGAAGCAAUAUCUAGACCCUAUCACGGCUGAGGCUAUUGCUUCUCUAAAAGUCCUACAGUUUGUCCGCGAUCACCAUUUUCCUAAAGCCAUCUUGGAAAGCGAUUCCAGUAUCUUUGUUGCAGCAGUUGAAGGUGAAAUAGGCUCUCGCUCGAGCUACGAGAAUAUUAUCUCUGACAUUAAACUCUUAGCCAACACAUUUGAAGAAUUUCAAAUUCGCCAUGUCUUGCGAGAAGGAAAUAGAACGGCUCAUGAAAUAGUAAAACUAUCUUGUAGAGUUUCUUUUAUGUCAAGUGUUAUACCCAGGUUCAUUACUCAUAUUCUAAUGUCCGAAUCGCCUUCAUAA